ACUUUCGAAAGAAUUUGUGUCAGCGUCAGCGCCGCCAUGAUCUAGAUCCGGAAAUGGCAAACUAAAAAAUAGAUCACGUGACAAGAGAGGACCGUUAUUGUCGAUGUAGGCAUUGACAGCAGACGACACGCGUCGAUGACAAUCGCAGAUGGUCGCAGACAGUCGUCAUGAGAACAACCUGAGCGAAACUACGAUCGAAAUUGACGGUGAUUGUCUGGACUCUGGAGUCGACUGUCUGGGAGGGGAAAGACGAGACGAGAGGAUUGACGAUUGACUCACGUUCCUUCCCUCGUUCCCUCGGGGAGCAAGCUACUUUUAAAAUUAACGUAACAUAGCAAGAGGCGAUUGUGAAUGACGGAACGGAUUGGAGCGGUCGCGCUCGACUCGAGCCGGCGUCUCGCUUCGAACGUCUCCGAUCAAUUUUGCCCGGAUCGCGAACCGCAUCAUGCGCGGCUAUUUUUCGCGCGACGUACUACCUGAAUUCCGAGUCGCCGCGUCACAUCGUUCAUCCUCGAACGCAAGACGGCAUCGCCGAGUCGCUCGACCGCGUCUUCCCGUGCUCUCUCUCUCUCGAACGGAAUGAAUUGGAAUGAAUGUCACGUCGGCUUCCGUACGUGAAUGAGUAGCUGCUCCAGCUGAAGACGACCGGACUUCACUCCCGAGUCUCAAUCUUCCUCCCGACAGUGUACGCUCGCACCGAGCAUUAUCGUCGCGAUGAGGAUAUCCAAGACCACCAUCGUCCUCCUGGUCCUGAUACUGAUAUUCUCCAUCCUGAUGGCGAAUGUAGUCGAUUUCAUUAGCAUCGACCAUCAUCUUCCGAUCGAGACCUCGGGAGACAACAACGGGGAGACGAAGUCAGGACCGAAACAUUAUAACAUAAAUAAUUCGUACAAUCACUUGAUAUGGUUCCUACAGAUAACCGACUUACAUAUAAGUAUCUUUAGGGAUCCAACUAGGAUAUGGGAGUUCACAGAAUUCUGCAAUGUGACGGUAAAUUCAGCCAUUCAGCCUAAAGUUGUUCUUGCUUCGGGAGAUUUGACUGAUGCCAUAGCUGAAAAUAGAUUUGGUUCGAAGCAACAGCGCGAAGAAUGGGAGACUUAUAGAUACGUAAUAGACCAGACUAAUGUCAGCAAGAAAAUUUUAUGGUUGGAUGUCAGGGGGAAUCAUGAUAACUUUGACAUCAUCGAUUUUGACUCCAAAAACAACUAUUACUCGCAUUAUUCUAUUCAGGGAAAGAAAUAUCCAAAAUCUUACAUGUACAAUGUUAAAGCUGGUCGUGAAAGGUUCUCCUUUAUCGCGAUUGACGCCUGCUUGAAACCAGGCCCCAAGAGGCCAUUCAACUUUAUCGGUGUUUUAGACCAAAACGAGAUUAAUAGGAUACAACAGUUGAUUAAUUUUUCAAAAGAAAGCAACGCCGAUCAUGCAGUCGUGUUCGGUCAUUAUCCUACAUCGAGCAUAAUAUCGAAAUCCGAUACGAAUAUCAGAAAUAUUUUAGGUAGUCAUAGAGAAAGUAUGGUGUAUCUGUGCGGCCACUAUCAUACGCUUGGCAAUAUGGUACCCAACAUGUACACGUUACAAAAGGCAGGCUUCCUUGAGCUAGAAUUGGCAGAUUGGAAAGAGAAUAGAAUGUAUCGCCUCGCGGCAAUAGAUCAUGGCCAAUUUUCAUUCAUUGAUGUAAAGCAUCGUGAUUGGCCUGUGGUAUUAAUCACCAAUCCAAAAAACGUAUUAUUUAUGAUGCCGCAAAAGGAAAAUUUGGAAUCUAUCGUCAAAUCCACACAUGUCAGAAUACUGGCAUUUUCUACGGUUCCACUGAAAAGUGUCAAAAUUCAAUUGGACGACGGUGACUGGCAAAAAUGUGAUCACGUACGCGGACCUCUUUAUGUGUUGCCAUGGAACUCAACGAGAUACAAGGAGGGUAUUCAUCAGAUAACAGUGCAUGUAGUUGAUGAUGAAGAUAGAAGAAAAAUUGUAUGGCAUUCUUUUUCUCUCGACGGAUCGUGGUUAUCCACUUCUGUUCUUCCCAAGUUACUGCUGAUGGUUAACAUAGUUGGCAUCUUUCAGUUCAUGUUCUUCGUCACAUUGGCAGUGUCAAUCGGUCCGCUGUGCUUCCUUCGAUUUAUUCAUAUGCGUUACAAGAAUAGACGAAUGGAAUUACCGCGGGGACGCUUGAAGUUCUUCCAUCGGGUUCUGAGGCGAUUAUGGGUAUUAUCCGCCGUUGAUAGAUUGUUUUUUGGAUUAGUGUUGAGCACGUUAUAUUGUGCAAUCGGUCCCUGGACCGUAGGAGAGAUAAUUGAGAAUCACACAGGCGUGAUCUUUGUAUGGGGAACAUUCAUCGGAAACAUGUAUUUACCAGGUGGCUUAACUUACGCUUACGGAUUCUUUCAGUUAAUAAUUUUCCACAUACCCCUUACAUUAUUUUUGGCGUAUCACGUUGAUCGCAGAUUACAGUAUCCUGAAUAUCCCCCGGCAGUCUGGUCAAAAUUCCAAAUAGUUUGUCAAUAUUUACCAGUUUUAACGUUAAUUGUGACUCAAUUCCUUUUGGGCUAUACCUUGUAUCUAGAGUAUGGUACAGUAGCAGUAUUGUUAUGUCCAUUACGAACGGGAUGUAUUUUUGUAGCAGUGGCACUAUCCUAUUCUGCUGCCACGAUGCCACACUCGUACUUAAGGUCUGCUGCAUCUGUAUGGUAUUGCAAUAGAGCCAUUGAUAAUAACGAUGCGAGUCAAUAAAAAAUGAUAG